UUUUUUAUCUCGGGUUACUACGUGCAUUAGUGCAGGGAAAAAGAGCUGUGAUCAAAAUUCUUGCAAAAGAAAUCAAGUCGUUUUUCUUGAAGUACGCUCUCAUACCUUUAACAGCCACCAUGUUUGCCCUGUGGUACUUCUCGUUGGCAAUGGACGAGCUAAGAAAACGAAUUCCGUUCCUAGAUAGGAUUUUUGCGUUUUUCACUGGCAAAAGCCGUUCCGUCCAAGCGCUCCCAGCAGCGUCGCCGGGAGUGGAAAGCUCUGAGCCAGCGAAGCCCCACAUGAAAGACACAAAACCAUCUGAUGAAUCAGUCACUGGGCCGAAACCGUCGGUAAACCCCACAACCGUAGAACCAUCUAAGCCCGCCCCUGAACAGAAACCGGCACAGAUUGUGGUGAAGCCCGCAGUAGUAGAGCCGGUUAAACCGACACUAAUUUCUAAACCAGAACCUCCAAAGACCACUCCCGUCGUAAAAGCACCCGAAGCUCCUGCUCCAAUUGUUCCGACGCCCGUGGUGAAACCCGUCGAACCCGCGAAAGUGGUUCCAGAACCCACCAAGCCCGCACCAUCCCUUCCCAAGCCGACUCCCCCGGUCGAGGACGUUAAGUCAAAGGAUACUCCGAAACCAGUGGAACCAGCACCACCAAGCCCCCCGGUGGUCACUCUCCCCAAAGAACCCGUCCCAGCGCCAGCUGCUUCUUCUGCUCCGACUCCCGCUCCGGCCAGAUUGGUAAAGGAAAAGAAGGAACUACCUGCCCCGACCCCCAAGAGCGCAGCCCCAAUCGGUGAGCCAGCGCUGCCCAGCAACAACGAGGACAGCUUCAUCAUUGUCGAACAGCAGAAACCGGCCAACAAGCCGGCCCAGAAGCCGAAGGUGGAUCUCAAGAACUCGACCAUGGACUUCCUGCAAGGCGAAGGUGGUCGAGGUGCUGGCGGUCCUCCCUCGACCGCCGCUGUCACCGACAGGUAACCGAAUCACGUCCACGAAAUUCGGACAGGACGAAAAGACGAGUGUCGCUUGUGCCGAGGCGAAAAACGCUGCUGAACUGCUAAAUUAUUCCACCUGUUACAUUUUUGGCCCACGAUAUUCAUUAAUCUCGUGUAGAUGGGGUUAGUUCGUGAAAUAUAAUUUCAAGCAUUUGGCUUUUGUUUCCGUUGA